CAACGGGCCAAGUUCAGACGACCAGAGCCGCCCCUGGAGUCGGGGCUAGGGCUCCAUCUCUCGAGACGCUGAGCUUAGGUCUCAUCCUAUCCAAAAGCCUUGGUCAAAUUCUUGCAGCGCCCCAGGCUUGAGAGAAGGAAUUGGGGUGCUGGCUGCUUACGUGCCAAGGGGCUGACAGAACGGGCAAGCCCCUGAGGAAAAGGAUGAAUGUGGGGGUGGCACACAGCGAAGUAAACCCCAACACUCGAGUGAUGAAUAGCCGGGGCAUCUGGCUGGCCUACAUCAUCUUGGUAGGACUGCUGCAUGUGGUUCUACUCAGCAUCCCUUUCUUCAGCAUUCCUGUUGUCUGGACCCUGACCAACGUCAUCCAUAACUUGGCUAUGUAUAUCUUCCUACAUACUGUGAAAGGGACACCCUUUGAAACUCCUGACCAAGGAAAGGCUCGGCUACUGACAUACUGGGAACAGAUGGACUACGGGCUCCAAUUUACCUCUUCCCGCAAAUUCCUCAGCAUCUCUCCUGUUGUACUCUACCUCCUGGCCAGCUUCUACACCACGCAUGAUGCUGUUCACUUCCUCAUCAACACAGCCUCAUUGCUCAGCGUACUGCUGCCUAAGUUGCCCCAGUUCCAUGGGGUUCGUCUCUUUGGCAUCAACAAAUACUGAGGGAUGGGGCUGGGGACGACGUUGGAACAAAGGGCUGCGACAUCCUUCCCUUCUCCAUACUGUCUUCUAUGUCUUGAAAGCCUCAGAACUAUACAACCUUUCCCAAACUCCCAAGAAGAGAAUAGAUUGGAAAAUGCAGCUCCCUGGGCCAAGCCCUGCUAGGAACAGGUUUCUUUGAAUCAGGAAAGGCAGGUGAGGUAAGGACCAAAUCAUUCUCAUCCACAGCAGGAAGCCAUGUUUGGGCAGCUUUGUUUGGUAAUUAAGUUUUUCCAUAGCUUCCACCCCCACUAUCUUCUAGCUCUGUUCUGCUAUGUAUGUUCCUUAUAAUAAAGAUCAUUUUUUUUCAGAUAUGGCUACAGUUUGGUCAGCAGGAAGGGUAGGAAGAUGUCCUCAUAAGGCUGGGGAAGAAAGAUGGAACAGUGAUUUACUGUACAAAACUUCUUUAAGGUAUUUUUUUUAUCCCCUCUCCCUUGGUCCAGUAGGAGGUGCCCUUCACGCGCAGCUAACACUUAGUAGGGAAAGGA